AUGGCAACGAACCUCCCCCCAGAACUGUUGAUUCAGAUCGCAAAGCUUCUGAAAGAUGAUGACGCCUCCCUGGCCCCAUGUACUUCUGUAUGCCGAUCUUGGCAGAUGGCUUUUGAGCCCCUCCUGUACUCCGAGCUGCUUGUUUACAGCGACGAAGACCACAAAGAAGAGGAACCAUUAGGAAUGUCUCUCACAAAGUUUCAGAAACUCACAUCCGGCUCUCAUGCCAUAAGGCGAUCCUGGAUCCGAAAGUUGCAGUAUGAUAUCUUCGUCCCAUUCAAGAUUUCUGACUGGAUCACACAAAACUGGAACACACGCAAAAAGAAAGACGAAGAAGACUACAGUACCUCAAAUCCUACCAAGGAGCCGAACGUUCUAGCUUUCCAAACGGCGAUGGCUAGCCUUUUCCAAACGCUUUCCUCAUGGGGCCAGACUGGCUGCCUCACCUUACAACUAAGACUUGAGGGAUAUCGCCUAGGUGAAUACUAUGAAGAGUGUGCAGGGAUUUAUGCUUACAGCUACACAGAUGGAUCCCAAAAGGAGGUUCCCCCAUACUUGGUGCGAUUUGCUGAUGUGGGAAGUUUAUCGCAUGUUCCCUGCAUUGAUAAACUUUUUCUCUCAACGACGAUGGUCAGAAUCAUCAAAUCUGGACCAAAGCAGCGAAAACAAUCAUCGAACACUGUCCAAAUGUCACAAACGUAA